UUCAGUUCCUGGAUAGCAUCAACGAUAAGACUGCAGUGGAGAAACCUGCAUUAGCAACUCAUACUGCAGACAUGGAGGCAGCCAGUGACAAGCUCUUCUGCUGCAGGUGGAUGCGCCACAGGGUUCCCCUGGCCCACAGAGAGGAACUGUACCACAUCCUGAGGAUGACAGGGCCUCUGCUGCUCUCUCGAAUCCUCAAUUACCUGCUACCAUUCGUGGUCACAAUGUUCUGUGGGCGUCUGGGAAAUGAAGUGAUGGCUGGCUAUGGAUUAGCUUCUGCUGCCAUCAAUGUGACCACUGCAGCAACAGGAGGUGGUCUGGGCCUGGCAUGUGAUACUUUGGUGUCUCAGACAUUCGGUGGUAAGAACCUGCUGCGGGUGGGAGUGAUCCUUCAGCGGGGCAUCAUCAUCCUGCUGUUGUUCUGUCUGCCCUGCUGGGGUCUGCUCCUUAAUGCUGAGGCCAUCCUGUUAUGUAUGGGCCAGGACCCUGAGGUGGCCAGAAUAGCACAGCUGUAUAUAACAGCCUUCCUUCCAGCUGUACCAGCAAUGUUUCUUUAUCAUCUUCAGGUGUCUUACCUGCAGAACCAGGGUAUAAUACUGCCACAAAUGUACACUGCUGUCAUGGCAAACAUAGCGAACGUGGUGACAAACUACAUCUUUCUAUACUGGCUGGAUCUUGGUGUUAGUGGAUCUGCAGCAGCCAAUACCCUGUCUUGGAUUUACAUUUGCACUUUUCUGUUUGCUUACAUCCGGUGGAAGAAGCUUCAUGUAACAACAUGGGGAGGCUGGUCUGUAGAAUCACUGCAGGAGUGGGGCUCCUACAUGAAACUGGCCAUUCCCAGUACAUUGAUGACAUGUUUCGAGUGGUGGGUUUAUGAGUUUGGGGGAUUCUUUGCAGGAAUGCUGAGUGAAGAUGAGCUGGCAGCCCAACAUGCUGUGAUAAUGGUGGCAUUCAUAACCUACAUGUUCCCCCUUGGAAUUCAAGCUGCGGCGUGUGCCAGAGUGGGUAAUGCUCUCGGUGCAGGAGACACUGCCAGGGCGCUUCUCACCGCCAAGAUGUCAUUCACUCUUGCAGGUAGUUUUGCAGUUGUUGAAGGUCUUGUACUCGGCGGUACUAAAUCAGUGAUUGGCCUCAUCUUCACCUCUGAUGAGAAGAUUGUCGGUCUGGUCUCCCAUUUGAUGGAUGCUUAUGUUUUCCUUCAAUUUUUUGACGGUCUUGUGUGUGUGUGCACAGGCAUCUUCUUGGGCACAGGCAAACAGAAGAUACCUGCUGUGGCCAAUUUCAUUGGAUACUACUGCAUAGGACUUUCACUGAGCGUCACUUUAAUGUUUGUUGCAAAACUAAGAGUUUUAGGUUUUUGGCUGGGAUUGCUCAUUUGUGUCGUCUUACAAUCCACCUUCUACAUCAUCAUCAUCUUCUUCAAACUCGAUUGGAAGAGAAUGACAGAGGAGGCUGUGAAACGAGCCCAGAAAAAGACACACAUGACAUGCACAGCUGCCCUGUCAGAUGAACAGACUGCAAGUAAUGGGAACUCAGUGGAUGGCUACAUGUCUGUGAGCACAGAGUGCAAUGAUGGGAACAGAGAGACACAGGGUGAACAUGUGGUCCAGCAUGGGAAGGGACGUGACCUCUCCAUGACCCAGCUGAUCAUCAGGCGAGGCCUCACUAUAUUUGCAGCCGUUGGACUUCUGGCUGUGGGAGCAAGUGUGCACUUCCUUGUGCCCUUGCCAGAGAUCCUGCCAUCCGAGGGCAACUUAACUUUGGACUGGAUCAAUACGACAUAUACUCCUGAUCAAAUUUUCACCACUGUGCUGCUCCCAGUAGAAGGAUAACCUUGAGAUCCUUAAUCACAAAAUUGUGUCAAACAUUGCAUUUAACAUUCUGAUGGACUCAAUGUCUUUGACAAACGGUGCCCAAAGCAGUGGCAGAUUGAUAAGAAUAUGAGUGGAUGAUUGGUUGAACUAAUGUUUUGCUUUAAGAGAUAACUUUAUUCUUUGGUGAUAGACAAUUUUAAUUUUUAGUUUUUAACGGCUCGUCAGAGCAUUUGUAAGUGCAACUCUUAUUUUAUGGAACCAAAAAACACUGGUGGUUGUAGAAAUGUGAAAAGAUGUUCUAUUUUGUUUAAAUAAAAAAAGUGAUGUAG